AUGGUCGUCAAGAACACCCAAGCUGUCGCUAAGGCCACUGCGCCUCGUUUGCCUCCGCUCCACAAGUUGCGCGUACGAAAGCCCGAUCAGGCCGGCGCAAACCCUUGUAUCGGUGUCAUGUCCUCUGUCCUCGGAUGCUGGGCUUCUUCUGGUUAUACCGCUCAAGGUUGUGCCGCUCUUGAACAACAGCUUCGUGCUUGCAUGGACGCCCCCAAAGCUGCCCAAAGCAAGAAGAGCUCGAUCAACUACCAUCUCUCGAGAUUGUAUCCCCAGAUCAUCGGCCCCCACAAACGAAACUGA